UCACAGUCUAGCUAAAAUCUUCGGAUAUCCCGGACAUAGUAUGUGCAAAAUUCCUUUACCCUAAUUUUUUCCUGUCGUUCACAAAACGAAUUUCGCAUCUUUCAAAUUUCAUUUCAAAAGCACACGCGGAAGGAUUUCUUUAAAAAAAUAAUUUCAAAUAUCAACCGCACUCCUUGGAAGGUUGGCUAGGCGUCCGCGUUUUAAUUGAAACACUUAAUUUCAUUGUUUCUUUGUGCGAUGACUUCACUGGGAAGAAAAAGUGUCAGUGCUGCAGUAUAGCUGCAUUUUAAAUGACUCGGAUGAUUUUUAUGAGCAACUUUUUAUUUGCUGCAUGUUUCCAGCCUAUGUUUCGUAUUAUUUCCUUUCCAUUCUCGUACUUUUAACUUUUUAUUUUGAUUUUCAGUGCGUUCUCGAUAGUGAAAGAUAAAUGCAUCUCAAAGAUGUGAAAAGUAAGUGAUUCUGUGCGGAAGAUAUCUUCACUGUUGGAAAGAAAAUUUCGUAAGUUAUCGGUGAGUUGUCGAAUAUUUGUGUGAGUUGCGGAGCAUCCUUCUUCGAUAGUCUGAUGUGAAGGAGUUCAGGAUUUGUGUCUCCCGGCCGGAAAUUUUGCCGAAGAUAGUGGACUACAGAACGAUAACUAUUACAAAACGGAGGAAGAAACGUCGACCGAAAACGAAAGCGACGAAGAAUGGAUGAAGAUUUGGACAAAAAAAUAUGAAAUUCGCUGGGGCUCAACAGCCCCACAGAGCCGAUUCAAGCUUUUGGAAUGACUCUUUUGGUGGCCAUACUAUUAUCGACAAUUACAGUACCAAUAGCAACAACAGUACUUCUAGCAAUAGAAACUCAGACACUAGCAGAUGCAAAAUCAAUUGUCCAGCUCAGAACGCAAACAUUACUUACACCAAAACUAAACAAGAUAAAAUCGGGACAGAGCAGGCCGGAUUAUGUGGAAGAGAUGAGAGAAAUGAAAUUCACGGCAAUUUCGAGUGCAUCGAAGAAGGAUCGGGAAUUAAAGUCGGGGGGAAUACUGCAUUUGACAUGAUUCGAUCCAUCCCCGCCGUUGUCCUUGAGAGGAUGCGAGUUCAACAAUCAUUACCAUUACAAUCAUCGAAGUUGCUUUCAUUACUGCAUGAGCGUCGACAAUUCCGUUUACUGUCAUGUUACUUUACAAUCUUAUUGAUUUUAUUAUGCGUGUUUACAAAUCGUGCUUUAUGCGAUGAAAUCGAAAAUGGAUCUAGCCUGGGACCAGAGUUUACAACCCUGGCGUUGGCGGUGCAGCCCACGGUGCCACCGUUUGAUAACGCCACCCGAGGCAAUAAAAAGUUCGGUGAUAGAUGUGAGGACACCGUGGAAUGUGGAUUUCCCGGGUCGAUAUGCGAUCCACGGAAAAAAUCAUGUCAGUGCAUCGAGGAUUUGCCGGUCACCAAUCACCUGGAUAAAUGUGGAAAAGAGGCCGCAAUCAACGAGAGCUGCUUCUUCAACGAACAAUGCGAGGCGUUUCACUUCCAAACAGAAUGCCGGGAUAACCGUUGCGUUUGCCGUUUCGAAAUGUCGCCUGUCGUCAACAAGGAUGGGAAUGUCGAAUGUAAAGGUAAACAGAUGAAGCACGACGAGGUGGAACGAUAUGUCGACCCGGCCAUGAUUGGUGUCCUCGUAGGAAUGGCUCUCAUGUUCAUAAUCAUUUGUGUUGUCCUUCGUCUAUUCAGUCGGGCCCGAUGGCGUGAGAACCGAACCAUUUUCAAUACACCAAAUCCACGUCUAAUGAACGUUUCGUUGUUGCGUGACAAUAAGUUGAUGCAUGGUCAGGAGCGACGCGGUUCCAGGAUGUCGGUAAGAGCACCGUCACGUCAACCUAGCAUGGCCUCAUUGCGACCGCACUCCCCUAAUCCGUCGUUAGGUAAGACAGGAUCAAGACCAGGAUCCCGGGGUAGCAGCAACGCAUCAGCAAUAUCAGCUCGUUCCACACUAGCUGCAGCAACCAAUGCCGAUGCAAAACCAACAGCCAACAAUAAUUGCGCAGAUUCCAAUCAAACGUUAAUUAUAACAAAUAUUAUAGAGAAUCCAGCCGCUGAGAGUGUCACUAUUGAGAUUCUUCAGCCAAAAUCUGAGCAAAAGUAGGAAACAGUCAGUAGCAAUCAAUUUUCGCAGAAUUUUUCAAGUUAACUCAAGAGAGAUUCCAAAUGUAGAAAAAUGCAAAUACCAAUGGACAACUUGGCCUUGGGUUUAGUGAAGUUAAUCCUUUCUUCGUAGAAAAAAAAAGAUUGAAUUCGUCUUUUAGUUUGAUAAAAUAAUAGACAUUUUUAAAAAAAUCGCUUCCUCUAUUUUAACGAGUAACUCCAAUAGUAGAAGUACGGAGUAACUUGCUUGACUUUUUUAGCAAAUAGUGUUAGUGACGUUUAAAUGGAAAUGCCGCAAAUUUCAUUUGUCCUACUCCUUUUAGUUCCAAACACGCAAUAACGAAGAUUAUGUUCGACUACUUUUCGCGAGAAUCUAUAAAUAUGAUAUUUCCUUGCUACAAGGAUUCACCAUUCGCACUCAACGCGUGCCCAAAUAUUUGUAGGUUGUAUAUUUAUGAAAUAAAAGGCAAAGAUGAAAUUAAUAUUGCGUAGUACCCGCGGUAAUUUUUCACUCUUCAGUGUAGGGAAAAUUUGCAGCCUAAAAUUUAGCGAAAUUAAUAUACAAAAACAUGCUAACUGACGAUUGCAAUUAUAAAUGUAAUUUCAUGCAAACUUCUAGGGACCAUAUUUUUUACACCAAAAAAUAUGUGUUUCAAAAAUCUGUUUUCUUAACUUUAGAAGAAAGUGAAUAUCUCUCAAAUAGUACGUAAGGGAAUUAUAAAAGAAAAAAUUUAAAAAAAAAUACUUUGAAUAGUCAACGACUCAGUUAACUCUUACUUGACCUGUUUUACGAAGAAUUAUCACUUUUGCAGCUAUUGUGAUAAAGUUAGAAAUUACACAGACAUUCGCCACUUAGCAGGAAGAAUUCUCUCAAAUAGAACAAAAGUUUCAGUAAAUCAUGACUAAAUUUAGUAAUAUACAAAAGUAUUGUAAUUUAUCGUUUGGAUGUCAAAAGCAACCGUGAUAUUUUACAAAAUAUUGAAAAACAACAAAGUUAAUAUAAUGCCGCAUGAAGCCUCUAGAGCCACUUGUAUAGACAUGUGUGCGUGCAUGUCGUAAAUUAAUUAACUAGUGUAAAACCAACCAACAUACGCUAUCGUGAUACUGGAAAAAUUUGCAAUGAAAAAAUGCGAUACAACUUUGAAGGUAAUUAGAAUUAAUUAAUGUUUAGAAAGAUUGCAUCCCUUUGUUAUUUCGCCAUUCAAUCCGAAUAUCGAUCAGUGAUCUUUGAGAUAAUCAUCCUCACCAUAAUAAAGAACUACAGCACCCUUAGUCUUUGUUGUGCAGUUUUCAUAAAGUGAUCCCUAGUUUAAACAGUUUGUCCGAAUCUGCUUAUGUUCCUUAUUUCACCCUUCAGACUCUUAGAAGUCGAAGAUCUUUACAUAGUUCGACAACUUACAGGCAUAACAUAAGAAGUCUUUAACGUAGAGCUUAAAUUAAUAUUGUAGACUUUUUCCAAAUUUGACUAUAUUUAUGCCAAUUAAUCAUAGAGAAUUGAACUUUCAAUUACCCCUGAUAGAGCUUAGAAAGCAUAUUUUUCUAUUCCUAAUGCGAUAGUAAACGAUAUUCUGAUUUCAACAUCGAUUGAAAACUAAUUUAAGAAGAAUUAAAAUUAAGAAACCAUUGUUUAUGGAAAAUUGCUGUAAAAGUAUAUUAGGCGUAGGUAAAAAUCAUUUUAAAUGUUGUUCUUAUAUUUUUCUAUAUUUUUCUUAAAAUAGGGGAAGAUUUUCGGAAUAAUAUUUAAAAAUAGAAGAAUAAAUAUUUAAAAUGACAAAUCCCAGCAACUGGUUUAUUCUUGCUUUAACAAUUUAGAGACUACCCAAAUAUUGUGUACGUAUAAGUUGGAAAUAUGUAACUUCAAAGAAAUAUGUAUUUGAAUUUAUUGAAUUUCAUUCGAGAAUGUAUUCGUUAAUAUUGCUUUGUUUGUGCUCAAUCAAUAAAGCUAAACUGUGAACUAAAAAUUACUGCAUAUACAUAUAUAAUAUACGAAUAGAAAUGAACAACCACAUUAAAUCCACAGAAAUCUGUUAAGCACAAAAACGAACAUUAUAUAAUAUAUUAUGUAAUACGAAUACCAAGCAUAAUUAAAUAACCGUAUAAUCAAAGAUAUAGUAAUACUGAAUAAACAAAUUAUAUACAAACUUAAAUAUUACGAAGCAUCAACGAUUUUAGCGCCAUUUGAUUAUGGUAGAUUUCUAGCCUUUAAUGAAACUAAAUUUAAAUUCCCGUAAAUGAAAACGAACUAAAUUUGAAAUUUGGGGAAGAAUUUCAAAUCUACUGCGUUUCAAGAAUCUUGCACCCUUAUUGAUAUAUACGUACUUAUAAAGCUAUUACAAAAUGUCUUCAAUCAAAUUAUAAUCGAAUCCUUUCUACACACACAAAGACAACAUUUUAUAAUUAAAAUUACUACAAACUAAGUAAACUAAGAGCAACGCAACAUGUAACACAGAAAAUUUUAGACACUUUUCAAUAAAGCGCAUGAAUUCAUUCAAAGUACGUGAAAGUGUAAUUGAACUUUCACCAGAGAAAAUCUAUCAAAAAAUACGUCCGUGUAAAAUAAAUCGCGUGGAGCAACGGCAUAAAAUAAAAUUAUAAAAAACCUGAAAAAAGUCUUAUACAUAUAACAUCAAACAACUUGAAGCAAGAAAGCAAAAUAUAUGUAUGUAAUUAAUAUAUACAGAAUACUCUUUAAUUAUAACACUAUUUUAUAAAGCGCUGCAAAUACUUCGAAUCAAUAAAAGAAUUUUCUUGUCUUGAUUUUCUAAAGUAUCUUAUCUUGAAUUUUACCUAGCUUUAGACGAGAUGGAAACUUAUUAGAAACUUAUUAUUGUAGAAUGUAAUGAGAAAUCGCUUAGUGAAAAUAUGGGAAAAAAUUAAGAAAAAAAGAACAAUUUAUUUGACAAUUAUUUACAUAGUAAGGGAAUAAGGUCUAUACUAGUCGAACUCAUCACUUUACAAAGAUAUGAAAGUACUAAAAUUAAUAAAUAAUUAUUAUACUAUAUAUUUGACAAAAUUUUACUAAAUAUACAUCAUCAUCAACUUUAA